UUAAAAAAAAAUCGGUAUCUCGGACAGGGGCGCUCGAGCCACUGCGCAGAAUAACAACAGAACCGAGGUUUGUUUUUUAUAGAGAUGGGGAGCUCGCGCCCGAGGGUUCCAGCCGCAGGUUAGAGAACCUGCGCGCCUCAGCCGCCGGUGCUGCUCCUGUGCGCGGGCCCCCGCCGCCGCCGCCGCGCUGAACGGGAGGUAGGGAUGCUGCGCUCGUGCCACCGCUGCUGCUGCUGCUGCCGUUGUUGUUGUUGUUGUGGUUCCGGUCUCGGUGCAGGCGGUCGGCGCGGCAGCCCAGCAUGUAAUCGCGGGGAUUUCACGCGCGGUGGGGUCGUCGUCCGUGCGGGCAUAAACCCGGAGAACCCUCAGCUGCGGGCACGCUAACAGAUUACACGGUGAGCCACGACUGAUCCGGGACCGAUCCGGGACCUGUCAUCAGUGCACUGGGCCUAGAGAACCGGAGAACCAACCAAGAACCUGUGUCUCCACAAAAACCCAAAUGGAGCCAGGGUUCUAAAGGUUCUCCUUGACUUUGUGGACUUCUAUUGUUUUUUGUAAAGCUUUGUGAGAAACAUCCUGGAACUGAACUGGAGAACCAAUACCUGUGUGACAGGUUUACACAAGCAGGAGCACUACUGUGGAAACAGAACCGGUUCUGAAGGUUCUCCCAGCCCUUGUGAGGUGCCUUUAGGCCUAGAAAUAGCUCCAUAGCUCCAUUGUGAGGAUCACCCUGGAUCUGAACUGGAGAACCAAAAUUUGUGUAUUUACUGAAACCCAGGUUCUAAAGGUUCCUCUUGCUCCUAGAAACAACCUAGGAGAACAUCUGUCAUUGCAAGGUCUGUGCUGGACCUAGUCUGGAGAACCAACAUCUCUGUGCACUUUUUAAGCACUUGAGUGGAACAAAGGUUUUUUCUGCCUUUUGGACUGUUUUUUUUUACACAUUGUGAAAAACAAUUGUCAAGCAAAACAUCCUAAAAUCUGUUCUGGACCUGAACUGUUGAGCCAAAACCUCUCUACACAUGCACUCCAGUGGAACCAAGGUCUGUAGGUGUUAUCUGUGUUUGUGGAGUGAUAUCUUAGGCCUAGCUCCAUAGCAUUGAGAGAACUGGAGAACCAAAACCUCUGUCUGCACAACCACAUCAGUGGGACCAAGAUUCUAAAGGUUCUCCCUGCCUUUGUGGACUGCUGUAAUUUUUAAGCAUUGUGAGGAUCAUCCUGGACCUGGACUGGAAAACCUAAACUUUACCUUCCUACUAGGAACAUCCAAGGAGAACAUCUAAGCAUAUGUGCUGGACCUAAACUGGAGAACCAAAGCACCUGUCUGCACAAGCACUUCAGUGGAACCGAGGUUCCGAAGGUUCCACCUGCUCUAUCUCCAUAGUCUAUAGCAUUUGAGCAUCGUCACAUCCUAGGAGAACAUUUUAGUGUCCACUGCUGCUGCACCAACAACAAUACCAACUUUGACACCCACAACAACCAUUACUUCAUCAGAGUAAGGCUUGAUCAACCUCGUUCCAGUUGAUGCCACUUUUGACCCUUCAUCCUCUUACCUCCUGACCCCCCCCAAACCCCCACCGCCCAAUACUCCUCUAGUUCCAUGCACACUUGAAUUCUAUUUCAGCAUGUUCAAGUACCGGAUCCGCAUGCUCCUCAACGAGCUGAAGGUGCUCGUGCUGAUGCGCUCGGGCUCCAGCUCUGGCUCCAGCCCCAGCUCGAGGCGCCGGGAGCCUGGCUCGGACCUUGGGGGCCUUGGGCCCUGUGGCUGGCCACCCUUUGGCUGCUCCCCACCUGACGAUGAGGAGGAGUACUACGGGGCCGAGCCGCGGCCGCGAAGCCUGGCACUUGAGCAGAGGAAGAAGCAGGCUGAACUGGAUGCUGUGUCUCUAGCGGGCAGCACCGAGAGUGGCUCGAGGUCACCACAGUGCCGGAUCUGUUUCCAGGGUCUUGAGCAGGGCGAGUUGUUAAGUCCGUGUCGGUGUGCUGGUUCUGUGCGCUGUACCCACCAGCCCUGCCUCAUCCGCUGGAUCAGCGAGCGCGGGUCCUGGAGCUGCGAGCUUUGCUACUUCAAAUACCAGGUCCUGGCCAUCAGCACCAAGAACCCUCUGCAGUGGCAGACCAUCUCCCUGACGGUGAUCGAGAAGGUCCAGAUUGCCGCCAUCAUCCUGGGCUCGCUCUUCCUCAUCGCCAGUAUCUCCUGGCUGGUGUGGUCGUCUCUCAGCCCUUCGGCCAAGUGGCAGCGGCAGGACCUCCUCUUCCAGAUCUGCUACGGCAUGUACGGCUUCAUGGACAUAGUCUGCAUAGGCCUUAUAAUCCACGAGGGUUCUUCGGUGUAUCGAAUAUUUAAGCGCUGGCAAGCCGUCAACCAACAGUGGAAGGUCCUGAACUAUGAAAAGGCCAAAGAUCUAGGAGACCCUCUCAGCUCCAGCAGUAAAGCUGGGGGGGUCCGAGGGUCCAGGAGCUUGCCCCACAACUCUGGCCUGAGCGGCCGAGCAGGUCGAGCUGGGCAGCGGAUUAGGACUAUACUGAACCACCACUGUGGGUACACGUUACUGCACAUUCUCAGCCAACUGCGGCCUAGCGACCAUCGCCUCGGCACCGCCACCAACCGCGAGGUUGUCAUGAGGGUCACAACGGUAUGAGACCUGAGAAAACACCUGGGAGAGAACUCUCAGACACUUAGAAAACGGGGCACUGGAACUGACAUGACCCCAUUGCCCUGGAUCCGGAUAAAAGAAAAAGAGAAAUAUAAAAAAAAACUGAAAUUAGGGUUGGGUUUGGCCCUGGACUGGUCUCUUUGUCUGGUUAGAUUGUAAAGUGACUUUUGCUCUUUUUAAGCACCAGACUUUAAAAAACA